AUGGUGUUCCGGACCUUUGGGAGGCGUGACGUGAAGAGUGACCAAUGGAACUCCGUUACUAAGCCUCCGCUGUCCGUCAUUCUGACACAGGGCUGCCUCCUACCAGAUUUUACGAAACGCAAGCCUUACCAACGCUGGAUAUUCUGGACGGACGAAUCUCCGAUCAACACAUUCUCUGCUGGUAUUAAAGGACUAGUUACACCCAGUUUUUCGCGUCUGGCUAAUGCCUUUAACUGGUCUAUGUCAUACAGAUCCGACUCCGACAUUCCAGUCCCAUACGGCCGAACGAUCCCUCUUCUGUACCCGAAACUAAACGACAUAACUGACGAAGAGUUAAAAGAACUUGUCCCAUAUUGGGAACAAAAACAAAAGGACGUUUUAGCCGCAAUCGUCAUGUCGCACUGUGUCGAGUUUCGGAUGAGAUUCGUGAUGCAGCUGCAGAGGUUUAUUAAUGUGGACAUGUUUGGAAAAUGCGCGCUUGUUAAGAAUCAUACGAAUAAAUGCCCCGGCCGCUACACACGCGACUGCCCAAUAAUAUCCGAAUAUCUAUUCUACAUCGUAAUAGAAAACACAAAAUGCCGCCAAUACAUAUCCGAAAAGGUUUUCCACCACGCAUACUCCAAAGGCGCCAUACCUAUCAUUAUGGGAGCACCUUUAAUAGACUGUAUUAAGCUUUUACCCCCUAACUCUUUUAUGCAUAUGGAUAACUUUGCUUCUGUUAAGCAUUUAGCUAAAGAAAUCUACGCUGUAAGUGAUAAUAUAACUAAAUUAUUGUCUUAUCACGCGUGGAGAAUUAAUUUUGAGACUGUGGAAGAGCACGGUUUUCUGGAAACUAGAUCUUUAGCUUUGUGUAGAAUCUGUGAAGCUUUAAAUUAUAAUAGUAAUGCUAGGAAAGUAUAUAGUAAAGAGGAUAUUAUGUUGUAUUUGGAUCCAGCUGUAUGUUGUUUCAGGAGUCCUUAG